AUGCUAAUUUUAGUUGGAAAUAUGCAAGGAACAGGAACAAUGGCGUCUGUGGCUUCCUUGUUCAAUUUGGCAGGUGUUGGAGUGGUAGGAUCAUUAGAGAAGCCUCGUUCACAGUUUCGUGGAGUUUGUUUAUCGAGAAGAGGUUUUAAAGGAAGUAAUAGAUGGUAUUAUGUAUCAUUUCCUCUUUGUAAAUAUUCAACAACAACAACAACCGAUUUUGUUGCCGAUCAAGGCAAUGCCAUCUCUGUCGAUUCUAAUUCUUAUAGAAGAAGUAAAGAAGAUGGCAACACAGAUUUUCUUCUCAAGCCAGCCCCUAAGCCAGUACUGAAAGCUGCAGAGUCUAAGCCCCUUGUGGGUUUAAAUAAAGUAUCAUGGGAAUCUCCGAGAACUAAUGGGGAUUCUAACAGUAACAGAAAAUUGUUGGAUGAUGAAGAAGAAAGGAGCAAGGUGAUUGAGUCACUUGGAGAGGUAUUGGAAAAGGCUGAAAAGCUAGAGACUCCGAAGUUGGGUAAUAAGAAACCAGGAAGAGGUGUAGAUAAGCCAACAACAUCAAGCUCGAGCUCUAAUUCAAAGCCAGUAAACUCAAUGGCAAAUCGAAAAUCUAAAACUUUGAAAAGUGUUUGGCGGAAGGGAGAUACAGUUGCAUCGGUGCAGAAGAUUAUAGCAGAGCCAUCUAAGCCUAAUGGCGAAGUUGAAGCUAAAGCAGGGGGAGCUAGCAAGGUAGAGCCUCAAUCACGUGCUGCUUUUCGACCCCCUCAACCACCGGUGAAACCACAACCAAAAUUACAAGAAAAGCCUUUGGCAGCACCCCGACCUCCAUUAAAGAAACCAGUUGUCUUGAAGGAUGUGGGGGCAGCAACUGUUACGGCAGAUGAUGAAACUAAUACAGCAGCAAAGACAAAAGAGAGAAAGCCAAUUCUGAUUGACAAAUAUGCUUCAAAGAAGCCUGUAGUUGAUCCUUUUAUUCCUGAAGCUGUAUUAGCACCAACAAAACCUGGAAAAGCCCCUCCUCCUGGAAAGGUCAAGGAUGAUUACCGCAAGAAGAGUGUUGCAUCAGGAGGUCCACGAAGGAGAAUGGUUGAUAAUGAUAAAGAUGAUGUUGAAAUCCCUGAUGAUGUUUCCAUUCCUAGUGUGACUACAGCACGAAAAGGAAGGAAAUGGAGCAAGGCGAGCCGGAAGGCAGCAAGAAUCCAGGCUUCAAAAGAUGCUGCCCCUGUGAAAGUUGAAAUUCUAGAAGUUGAAGAAAGUGGUAUGUUACUUGAGGAAUUGGCAUACAAUUUGGCCAUCAGUGAAGGUGAAAUUCUUGGGUAUUUAUAUUCAAAGGGGAUUAAGCCUGAUGGCGUGCAAACAUUAGAUAAAGAUAUAGUGAAGAUGAUCUGCAAAGAGUAUAAUGUGGAGACCAUAGACGUUGAUCCGGUUAGAGUUGAAGAGUUGGCUAAAAAGAGGGAUAUUUUUGAUGAAGAAGAUCUGGAUAAACUUCAAAGCAGGCCUCCGGUCAUCACCAUUAUGGGACAUGUUGACCAUGGCAAGACUACACUUUUGGACUACAUCCGCAGGAGCAAGGUAGCUGCUUCAGAAGCUGGUGGGAUUACUCAAGGAAUUGGUGCUUAUAGGGUGAUGGUGCCACUUGAUGGCAAGUUGCAGCCAUGCGUGUUCCUUGAUACUCCAGGCCAUGAGGCGUUUGGAGCCAUGAGAGCUCGUGGUGCUCGGGUGACAGACAUCGCCAUCAUUGUGGUCGCUGCUGAUGAUGGAAUCCGGCCUCAGACAAAUGAGGCUAUAGCUCACGCAAGAGCGGCUGGAGUACCAAUAGUGAUUGCAAUAAAUAAGAUUGACAAAGAUGGUGCUAACGCAGAUAGAGUGAUGCAAGAGCUUUCCUCUAUCGGUUUAAUGCCUGAAGACUGGGGCGGUGACAUCCCUAUGGUGCAGAUUAGUGCUCUUAAAGGGCUGAAUGUGGAUGAUCUGUUGGAAACAGUAAUGCUUCUUGCUGAGUUACAAGAAUUGAAGGCAAAUCCCGUUAGAAGUGCGAAAGGGACCGUCAUUGAGGCAGGUCUUGACAAAGCAAAAGGACCAUUUGCUACAUUUAUUGUACAGAAUGGAACCCUUAAAAGAGGGGACGUUGUAGUAUGUGGGGAGGCUUUUGGGAAGGUUAGAGCUUUAUUUGAUGAUAGCGGGAAACGAGUUGACGAAGCUGGACCUUCUUUACCAGUACAGGUCAUUGGAUUAAAUAUUGUGCCAAUUGCUGGUGAUGUAUUUGAGGUUGUUGAUUCUCUUGAUACUGCUCGUGAAAAGGCAGAGUGGCGUGCCGAGGCCUUGCGGUCACAACGAAUAUCAGAUAAGGCUGGAGAUGGGAAGGUUACCCUUUCUUCUUUAGCUUCAGCAGUUUCAUCAGGAAAGCAGUCUGGGUUAGACUUACAUCAACUGAACAUAAUUAUGAAGGUUGAUGUUCAGGGAUCAAUCGAGGCUAUAAGACAAGCCCUUCAGGUGCUACCGCAAGAAAAUGUCUCUUUAAAGUUUCUUUUGCAAGCAACUGGCGAUGUGAGCUCCAGCGAUAUUGAUCUUGCAGUUGCAAGCAAAGCCAUAGUUUUAGGAUUUAAUGUUAAAGCGCCAGGUUCUGUCAAGAGUUAUGCUGAAAAUAAAGGUGUCGAGAUCAGGCUCUAUAGAGUUAUUUACGAGCUUAUUGAUGAUGUGCGGAACGCAAUGGAAGGACUCCUAGAACCUGUAGAGGAAAAAGUACCUAUAGGAUCGGCCGAAGUCCGUGCAGUAUUCAGUAGUGGCAGUGGUCUUGUUGCUGGAUGCAUGGUAGUAGAAGGAAAGCUGGUAAAGGGCUGUGGCAUCCGGGUUGUGCGAAAGGGUAAGACGGCGUAUAGUGGUCAACUUGAUUCACUGCGACGGGUUAAAGAAAUCGUGAAAGAGGUAAAUGCUGGCUUGGAGUGUGGAGUUGGAAUGGAGGACUAUAAUGAUUGGGAGGUAGGGGAUGUAAUAGAGGCCUUCGACACCGUUCAGAAGAAGCGGACGCUAGAAGAGGCCUCGGCUUCAAUGGCAGCUGCGCUGGAGGAAGCUGGAAUUGACUUGUAGAGAACCCCAGUAACUUACCAGGCCAGCCUAGACCAUACCUUUUUCCAAUGAUGAAAUGACUAUGCCUUCUGCAAUGCUUUGGCUGCCAUUUUUUGUCCAGCUGAUGUUCGACGAUACUGAGGAUGUGUCAUCAUUUUGUGAUUCACUUGAGGAGCAGGGUAGCGCCGAGAAACUGCAGUUCCAAGGUUUUGUAUUAAUGGUACCUGCUGGUUGGGCUGUAAAUAGUCAAUACGUAUAUUAGAUCUCCGAUUCUUAUUGUAAAGAGGAAAACUGUUAUUUGAUUCUCAAUGCUGAGUGUUCAAUGCUUCAUUGUAAACACCAAACUGUGAACACUGCAUGAAAAUGGAGGAAAUGUCAACAAAUUUUUAAUGAUGCUCUAAAUUGGCAUCAUUUUACUCCA